AUGAAUACUUCAGUGACCUCUACAACUAUCCGCUCUAACCGGACUCCUUCAGAACAAUUCCAGACCAGAUGCAGACGAAACAGUCCGCCCAUACUUAAGGCAGAGGUGGAGGAGGCAGUGCGUUGUCUUAAGGCAGUAAACUCUCCUGGAGGAUAUAACGUCCCUUCUGAGCUGAUUAAACACGGAGUAGAGGCAACGACUGUAUCAUUGAAGACCCUAUGCCAACAGAUCUGGAAUAAGACGAAGUGGCCCAAGGAGUGUACCCAGUCACUGGUCAUACCCCUGCCAAAAAGGGCAACCUCAAGAAUUACCGCAUCAUCAGUUGAAUCAGUCAUGCCACGCAUCAUCCUUAAUCGAUUGAAAAGUAAGGCCGAGGAAGUACUGGCCGAGGAGCAGGCUAGAAUCAGAGUUUGGCGGGGCACAGUGGAACAGAUCGUCAACUGCAGAAUCAUCAUUGAAAAACUCCUGCAACACAAACGUGACCUUUUUCACAAGUCGAUUGACUUGGCAUCUUAUGAGAGGAUUUGA